AUGGCAAUGGGUGUGUCUGGGGUGUUGUGGAGUGUGAGGGUGCUUGUUCUUCUUCAAUUGGUUUCUGGAAUUCUUGGUUGGGGCGAGGAAGGUCACUAUGCUACGGGCAAAAUUGCAGAGGGGUAUCUAACUGCAGAAGCUCUAGCUGCAGUGAAGGAAUUGCUUCCAGAGUCUGCUGAAGGUGAUCUUGCAAACGUUUGUUCAUGGCCUGAUGAGAUCAAAUCCUUAUCCCAGUAUCGCUGGAGUAGUGCUUUACACUUUGCUGAUACACCAGAUCUCAAGUGUAACUAUGAAUAUUGUAGGGAUUGUCAUGACUCUGCUGGGAGUCAAGACAGAUGCGUCACUGGAGCUAUAUAUAACUAUACGUAUCAACUUUCAUCAGCAUAUCAGAAUUCCAGUUCAGAGUCCAACUAUAAUUCGACUGAGGCACUUAUACAGAGCACAGGGUACAAAGCCUUAAGAAGCAUAGUAACUGGAUUGGUGUGGGACGACAUGAUUAUUGAAUUAGCCUUGAAGACAUUCUAUGGUUCAAAUCUUGCAACCAUGAUACAGUCGAUUCAGAAUAAUAUAACGGAAAAUUGGUCCAAUGAGCUACCAUCAUGGGAAUCAUGUGCAUACAACCACACAGCCUGUCCAAACCCCUAUGCUUCUGAAAGCGUUAGUUUGGCCUGUAAGUUUGCAUACAGGAAUGCCACGCAAGGAAGCACUCUUGAAGAUGAUUACUUCCUUUCUCGGCUACCUGUUGUGGAAAAGAGGCUUGCCCAAGGGGGCAUUCGGUUAGCUGCUACGCUCAACCGCAUUUUUGCUUCUCCAUUGAAAAUUGCUCAAGCCUAA